ACCCCUGACUCUCUGUUAAUGGUGCGUUCACUGACCCCUGACUCUCUGUUAAUGGUGCGUUCACUGACCCCUGACUCUCUGUUAAUGGUGCGUUCACUGACCCCUGACUCUCUGUUAAUGGUGCGUUCACUGACCCCUGACUGUCUGUUAAUGGUGCGUUCACUGACCCCUGACUCUGCUCAUGGUGCUUUCACUGACCCUGUGUUUGCAGAAGCAGCAGGAGGCGUUUGAGGGCCAGUCUCAGGGUCCGUUUGUUCCAGCGCUGAUGCUGAAAGACGAUCGAGGCGUCGUGGAGCUGGAGGUCAUCACUGAGAGAGCUCAGCAGCUGAUCCACAGUGAGGAGGAACUGUCUCUGAGCAGCCUGAAGUCUCAGCAGCUGAUCCACAGUGAGGAGAAACUGUCUCUGAGCAGCUUGAAGUCUCAGCAGCUGAUCCACAGCAGAGAGAAACCCUUCAGCUGCAGCGUCUGUGGGAAAACCUUCAACAGGCAGACGCAGCUGAAUACACACAGCAUCGUGCACACGGGCGAGAAGCCGCACACCUGCCAGCAGUUCCAGCAGAGAGGCAUCCUCACCAGGUGGCAUCCUUACCAGGAGGCAUCCUCACCAGGUGGCAUCCUCACCAGGUGGCAGCCUUACCAGGAGGCAUCCUUACCAGGUGGCAUCCUCACCAGGUGGCAUCCUCACCAGGAGGCAUCCUCACCAGGUGGGAUCCUCACCAGGUGGGAUCCUCACCAGGUGGCAUCCUCACCAGGUGGCAUCCUCACCAGGUGGGAUCCUUACCAGGAGGCAUCCUCACCAGGAGGCAUCCUCACCAGGUGGGAUCCUCACCAAGUGGGAUCCUCACCAGGUGGCAUCCUCACCAGGAGGCAUCCUCACCAGAUGGGAUCCUUACCAGGAGGCAUCCUCACCAGAAG